AACGCAUCUCGUACCAAACCCGGAAGCAUGUCGUCAUUAAUAACAACAAACCCACCUGCCUUCCAAGUGACAGCGCAGCUCAGCAGCAGCUCUCUGUGGGGUUGUCUCUCUUUGUUUCAGCCUGAGAAACGAUCAGUGGCAGUCUGAUGAUAUUUCAUGAACAAGCAGACAUUCAUUUGAAUAGUUCUUCCUCCAGAAAUCUGGAAACCAUUUUCAGCCGCUCUCAUCCUGCUACAUUAGCUUAACUCGCUAGCUGUCAGCGACAUGAUGGUCUGCGUUUGAAGGAGCUCUUCUUCCUUAUUGCGUUUACCGAAAGGAGGCAUUUCUGCUUUCAGCGCCUGAUAGAUCCUCUGAUACUUCUCGUAAAGGCUCACUUCUGCUAUGGAGCCGUCUGCGGCCAUAGGCUGUGUGAACAUCGGCAGUCUGACCAGCACCUUACCAGUGAUCCCCUACCAAAAGCUGACAGACCUGUACUACCUGAGCAGAGGCGGCUUCGGCACCGUGUUCAAGGCGCAGCACUCAGACUGGAGGACCACUGUGGCAAUCAAGUGCCUGAAACUCGAUGCCCCUGUUGGAGAAAGAGAGAGAAACUGCCUGCUGAAGGAGGCCGAGGUCCUGCACAAAGCUCGGUUCAACUACAUCAUCCAGAUCUUUGGCAUCUGCAACGAGCCAGAGUUCUUCUGCAUUGUCACAGAGUUUAUGAGCAAUGGCUCUCUGGACCUGUUACUCCAUGAGAAGGACAUGUACCCUUUGCUCGCCUGGCCUCUCCGUCUGAGGAUUCUGUACGAGAUUGCACUUGGGGUAAACUUCCUACACAACAUGAAUCCUCCUCUCUUACAUCAUGACCUGAAGACGCAGAACAUCCUGUUGGACGGUGAAUUUCAUGUGAAGAUUGCAGAUUUUGGUCUCUCAAAGUGGCGGCAGCUAUCCGUCAGUAAAGGUUCAGGGUCCAAGCCUACAGAAAUGGGGGGCACAGUGAUCUACAUGCCCCCUGAGAAGUACGAACACUCCAAGAGCCGUCGGGCUGACGUGAAGCACGAUAUGUACAGCUACGCCAUAAUCAUGUGGGAGGUCCUGUCCAGACAGAUUCCUUUUGAAGAUGUGACCAACCCCAUACAGAUCAUGUUCAGUGUGCUGCGUGGCAUGCGUCCUGACACCGGUCUGGACAGUCUGCCUGCUGAGAUCCCCAGCAGAGAGACCCUCAUCAGUUUAAUGACCUGCGGCUGGACGUCCAACCCAGACGAGCGGCCUUCCUUCCUUAAGUGUUUAAUAGAGCUGGAGCCCAUGGUGAGAAGAUUUGAUGAAAUUGACUUCCUGGAGGCUGUGUUGGAGAUAAAAAAGACAAAGCUGAUGGGCCGAUCAGGCUGCUGUUCAGCUCAGUCAGAGUGUGCCAAGAGGACUGAGGAAGAGUCCCUGAACAUGCUAAAGGACGUACACAGCCCCUGGCCGGAGAGCUCCACCUCAGGCUCAGGCUCCUGUUCAUCUCAGGACACUGACAUCUCUCUACCAGGAGCCCUCACCAGCAGCAAUGCUCCCCCCUCUAAAGAGGGGCUACCAUCCUCAUUUUUAGCUCACAAUCUGGAGCCUCCAGAGUCUUUAAAGGACAACUGCCCAGUCAACGAUCUAAACGGCUACCAGAGUGCAAGGCCCAUGACAGAUCUGAACAUUCCCAUCAAACCACGACUGCCUGCGUCUGAGUACGAGACACAGCUGAACAACCUGACCCUCAAACCUCAGCAACAAGCAGAUUACUCUCCUCCCCUGCAACACUCUCCCCCCUCACAAGGCCUCCUCGCUCAGUGGAUCUCCACACGCCGCGAGGAGAUCGUCUCUCAGAUGACGGAGGCCUGUCUAAAUCAGAGCCUGGACGCUCUGUUGUCUCGCACCUUGCUGAUGCAAGAGGAUUAUGAAUUUGUAAAGAACCAGCUCACCCGCACAGCCAAGGUCCGUCAGCUGCUGGACAACUGUCACAACGAAGACUUCUGCCGCAUCGUCGUUCGCAAACUGCAUGACAACAAGCAGAUGGGCCUGCAGCCAUACCCACCCGAAAUCGGCUCACCUCUGCCUGUCAUCUUCCCAACUGCACCGCCACUGACCAUGUCAUAUAAUAUACCCAGGAAAAUGUAGCAGUGCAAAAAGAAUUCAGAUUAUAGACUGUGCCAAUUUUACACUACACUGAGCUCACAAUGGUCUCAUUCUCAUAAAGAUGACUCCCUAAAAAAAACAACGAAAAGAGGAGAAGAUACAAAGAAAAGAAGUAAACACUGGCGUGUUGUUUUCACUCAUAAACAAGAGACUAAAGAUUAUAUUCUGUUUAAUCAGAAGCAAAAGUUUUGACUGAAUCAGUGAUUUUAUUUCACAGUUUAUUUUGUGGAUUUAAAGAGGAGAUUUUAUUUAAAGUCCCUUCAUUUUUACAGGAUGGAUUACAGGAUUACUCUUAAGCUCAUGACCAUCUUCUGAACAUGUUAUUGGAUAUCCCAGUUGUUUUCUGUGUUUGGUGAGCCUCCAGAGUCUUUUGGAGUGUGUUGGGUGAGUGUUUAAGUGUGUGUAUGUAUGAGUCAUUGACAAAAAGGACUGUUAAUAUGCUGGAAAACCUGCAGCUAAAAAUAAGGUUUAUUCCUUUAUCGCAAUCUUACAGUACCAUGCUGUCCUGAUGUUGUGUAUUACCUUAAAGAGGAUGUUUUCACCACAACGACUGAGAGCGUCUAUACACCGCUGUAUAUGACACACUUUUGAAGUGAGUCAGUGCUUCUAAUGAUAGCCAUCUAACUGUGUGAGAGGUUUUUUUUUCCCCCUUACUGGGCUAUUUUUUCCCACUCUCUGCUUUAAUGCUGAGAUAAAGAGAUUCCCUGGGAUAUGGAGUAAAGAGGACGUGGCGGUGAUGAAAUGACACCCAGAGUAAGAGGGACGUGUUUGACUGCACGUCUGUGUUCAGAUUAAAAGUGGACCAAAGUGAUCUGAUUUCAUUUGCUCCUCUCAGGAGAGACCUCACCUCUAAUUCUAAGUAUAUUCAUUUACAUCAAACUCAUCAGGAUACUUCCAAAGUUACACUUUAUUCCUGGACUCUGAGCUAAGAUUAGAAAAAAAUACUUGCAUUACUGCUCUGACUGAAAACAUGACUAUUGCUCUGCUUGUAGCACACAGUUUGUUUACCUCCUUUUUAAAGUUUAUCACUUUUCACUCCCGCUGUCUUUUCUACCUUACCUGUGCUUCCUGAUCUGCUCAACAUGACAGAAACAACUGUUUAUAAUGUAAUGAAUUCCCUCUUUCUCAUGGAGAGGGAUCACUCAAUAUAAGGACAUACACACAUAUACAUCACAACAGUAGCAGCUGAUCUGUACAUAUAGAGGUAAUACUUGUUAUGUUGUUGGUUCAAACAUACCUACAGGGUAUUUGUUCUUUAAGCCAGAGUGUGUUUUAGUAGACAAACUAAGGAUUUCUGUUUUUAUGGCGUAGACGUAACUUUCACUCCUGGUGUGAGUCAUGUUGUAUUCAAGAGUUUGGGUUAAACAUUUUUUGUUUAUGUCAGUUAUUUACUCCAAUAAUAGUUUGGUCUGUACAUAUAGGCCUAAGAGAAUGCUUUAAAGGUACAGUUCACUGAGCCCAACCUGACAUCUUCAAACUCUUUGAUUAUUUAAGCUGUAGCCUGAAAACAAAAUGUUACUCAUUCAUUGUCAGAUUUGAGAUGCUGGAAUCAGAUUUUUUUUUAACUUUAUAUCAAAUGUACUGAAGCAUACUGGAUUCAUUUAAGAUAAUUCCUCUGUUUUCUGAAUUUAGGGGAUAUCAGUGCCUCAAAAUCCCAAUGGAAGCUCUCAUUUGGUCCCCUUACGGAAGCAAACAUGCCCUGGACGUUCAGUUGAAUCCAGUAUUGUUUAGGUUUGGGUUUGAGAGAUUUGCUGAUACUCGUGUCUUUGAGUAACAUAGGUUGUAUGGUGAUGAUUUGUUUGUUGUUUUUGCACAGGCAGAUUAGGACUUUGCCGCUUUUCAGAUAAAGAGAUCAUUCUGAUCUGAUGGAGGUUGUAUGCAGAGCGUUCAUGGCAUGCUGGGUGGACAUAAGAUGAUGAUGUGACUCAAGAGACAAUUAAGCACUUGCUGAAAAUACUGGACACCAUGAAGUGCAGCUGUGGCACUGGAUCUCAUUUUUCAGAAAAACUUUUCUUCAGAUUGAGAGAUAGUUAUCCCCACACCUGUAGUUUCUCAGUCGCUGCAUAGAAUUGGUGCUGAAAAGGAUCUAUAGUUGUGGUAUCCACUGUUUCUACCAUUUCUAAAAGCAUUACAGAGCAAUCUAUGUUUUGUUGUUUACAUUUCUCUGAAUAGAUGCUCUUCAGUAUUUGGUUUUAUCGAUCCACAGGUUCCCUAUCUUUACAGCUAAAGUCGCUGUAACUUGAUAAAGACUGUAGGAAUGAGUCACAGCAGGUCAUUCUUAGUAUGAGACAUUAUUACAGGAAAUCAUACCGGACAAUAGAAAAAUACUUUAAGUGACAACAUCAAGGCCACACAGGAUCUAUGCUUCCCUUAUCUUGGACUUGUAUUGCCUUGUCUUAAAUAAUUGUGCCUCAUGUUCAGCAUUUGAUCUCAACUAUUGUGAAGUGCAAGAGCUUUUUACACGCAUCAAGCAAAGUUCAGUAAAAUACAAAUUUGAUAACUGGAUAUGUUGUAACAUUUUUACGGUACAGAACAGUGUCAUCUUUUUAUGCAUAUUUACAUUUGUGAUCUGUUGUUAAAAACUCAAACAUUGUUUAUUAUGGGAUAAUUUCAUAUUUGAAGAUUUGCCUUCUGUAAGGAAUCAGCCUGAUUUAGUGCAUAUGUUAUUAAGAGUCUGAUCAUCGAACAAACAUGUAAUGUGUUAUCUUCAAAGUACUUGCAAUAGAAACAGUUAUUUUUCAUAUAUUGUAUCAAACCCUUCAUUAAAAAGGUACUUUUUUUUAAA